GGGCUCCCGCCGCCGCCGCGCCAUGGGCCGCUUCCCCGCCGCCGCCGCUGCCAUGGCGGCCGCCUUCCUCAGCCCCAGCCUCGCCUUCAGCUCCCACUUCGACCCCGACGGCACCCCCCUUAGUGAGCUCUCCUGGUCCUCCUCGCUGGCUGUUGUGGCCGUUUCCUUCUCGGGGCUCUUCACCUUCAUCUUCCUCAUGUUGGCCUGUCUGUGCUGCAAGAAGGGGGACAUUGGCUUCAAGGAGUUUGAGAACGCCGAGGGGGACGACUACGUGACAGAGCUGUCGGCGCAGGGCUCGCCUGCCCCCCAGCAUGGCCCCGAGGUCUACGUGCUGCCCCUCACCAAGGUGUCCCUGCCCAUGGCCAAGCAGCCGGGCCGCUCAGUGCAGCUCCUCAAGUCGGCGGACCUGGGGCGGCAGAGCCUGCUGUACCUGAAGGAGAUCGGCCAUGGCUGGUUCGGCAAGGUGUUCCUGGGGGAGGUGAACUCGGGCAUCAGCAGCACCCAGGUGGUGGUGAAGGAGCUGAAGGCGAGUGCCAGCGUGCAGGACCAGAUGCAGUUCCUGGAAGAAGCGCAGCCCUACAGAGCCCUCCAGCACACCAACCUGCUGCAGUGCCUGGCCCAGUGCGCCGAGGUCACGCCGUACCUGCUGGUGAUGGAGUUCUGCCCGCUGGGUGACCUGAAGGGGUACCUGCGGAGCUGCCGGGGGGCCGAGGCCAUGACCCCGGACCUGCUGACCCUGCAGAGGAUGGCGUGUGAGGUGGCCUGCGGUGUGCUGCACCUGCACAGGAACAACUACAUCCACAGCGACCUGGCCCUGCGGAACUGCCUCCUGACCGCCGACCUCACCGUGAAGAUCGGGGACUACGGGCUCUCGCACUGCAAGUACAAAGACGACUACUUCGUGACGGCCGACCAGCUGUGGGUGCCGCUGCGCUGGAUCGCGCCCGAGCUCAUCGAUGAGGUGCACGGCAACCUGCUCGUGGUGGACCAGACCAAGGCCAGCAACGUCUGGUCGCUGGGCGUCACCAUCUGGGAGCUGUUUGAGUUGGGCGGCCAGCCCUACGACCACUACUCCGACCGCCAAGUGCUGGCCUACGCCAUCAAGGAGCAGCAGCUGAAGCUGCCCAAGCCCCAGCUGAAGCUGUCGCUGUCGGAGCGCUGGUACGAGGUGAUGCAGUUCUGCUGGCUGCAGCCCGAGCAGCGCCCCACGGCCGAGGAGGUGCACCUGCUGCUGUCCUACCUGUGCGCCAAGGGCGCCACGGAGGCCGAGGAGGACUUCGAGAAGCGCUGGAAUUCCAUGAAGCCCAACGGCAGCGCCAGCGGCAGCCACCACGGCCCCGAGCUCUCGUCCUUCCCGCUGCUGGAGCAGUUCUCGGCCGACGGCUUCCCCUCGGACGGGGACGACAUCCUCACCGUCAUGGAGACCAGCCACGGCCUCAACUUCGAGUACAAGUGGGAGCACACCAAGACCGAGCACUUCCAGGCCCCGCUGGGGUCCCUGAGCCCCAGCAGCGCCGCCCGCUACCACGACCUCUAUUACCCGGCCACCACGGCGGGGCUCAGCCUGGGGGUGUCCCCGUCCUGCUACGAGUGCAAGGCGUCGGGCUGCCCCGGGGUGCCGGCGCCCGGCGUGGUGCCCAUCCUGGGCGCGCACAGCCCCUCUCUGGGCAGCGAGUACUACAUCCGCAUCGAGGGCCCCGGCGAGGGCAGCGCCGAGCUGGACUACGCCAUGUGCACCUACAGCCCGGCGGGCGAGCGGGGCGGCCCGCGGGGCCCGGCCUGCUGGAGAGCGCAGGGCGGCCGCGGCGGCGGCGCCUACGACUCGGACUCGGGCAGCCCCACGGUGUCCCUGAGCAUGGAGCCGCUGCUGGGCCACGCUCCCGCGGCCGAGGGCUCCUGGGAGUGCGCAGAGUACUACCCGUACCCGUGCCCCGGGCCGGAGCCGCGGGGAUACGAGCCGUCCCCCAGCCGCGGGGCCGAGGGGUACCUGCUGGAGGAGGAGCCCCCCCAGCCGGGCGGCCAGGACUGGCCCGUGCCCGCCUUCCAGCCCGGUGCGUUUGCCGACCCGCUGGGCGUCUCGCCGUCGGGGAACUGCGCCUACAGCCCGCCGGGGUACGGGGGCACGGCGGGCCCGAGCGGGGCCCCUCCGGACUGCGUGGCGCUGGAGCUGGGCGAGGAGAGCCCCCCCAGCGCCCCCGAGGCGGCCGGUGCCAGCCCCUCGCCUCGGCGGCACCCGUGGGCCUCCAACAGCUCCUCCAACAACAACAUCGGCGGCGGCAGCCCCCGCGAGCCCCCGGCCGGCGACAGCUGGUGCUACCGCCGCAUGAUCACCUUCCGCGGGCUCAUGGCCAAGCCGCUGGGCACGGUGCCCCGCGGGCAGCCCCAGCUCGGGGGGUCCCCGCCGGGACGCGACUUCCUCCGCCCGCGGCAGGAUCAGCCCCCCGCCAUGGCCGGCGGCUCCUCCUCCCCGUGCCGCUCGCCCUCCCCGCGGCGGCAGGCCUGGCACGGCCGUGACUCAUCACCCUGCGGCCCCGCGCAGCCCGGCACGCUGGCGGAGAGCCCCGCCGCGCCCUGGGGCCCCGCCGCGGCCCCGCCACCUGCGCCGGGGGCCCCGCGCGAUGCCCGCCCUGAGGAGAGCCCGGCCGGGGGAAGCCCUGCCCGCAGCCCGCCGCCCCCCGCCGCCGCCGCCGCGGGCCCGGGCGAGGCCGCCCCCCCCCCGGCUGGCACGGCCGCCCCGAGCCCCGGCCCCCCCGGGCAGCCCGGCGCGGACGGCGCCCAGCCCGCAGCGGAGCCCGCCCCGGCGCCCGCCGAGGCCGUGGCCGAGAGCGGCGCCUGUGCCGCCGGCGACGCCGACCGGACGCCCGACAAGACCUUCUCGAGCAGCAGCUUCCCCAGCGCGGACGAGGGCAGCGACGAGGACACGGCCGAGCUGACCUCCGGCGUCUUCACCGACUUCUCCGGGGAGUACACGGAGCGGGCGGAGGCGGCCCCGGCGCUCAGGUCCCUGCAGAAGCAGGUGGGCACGCCGGACUCGCUGGAGUCGCUGGACAUCCCCUCCACCGGCAGCUCCUGCGAGGUGCUCAGCCCCGGCGCCUUCGUGCCCGCCGGCCAGGCCCGCGCCCUCGACAGCGGCUACGACACCGAGAACAACGAGUCCCCCGAGUUCGUGCUCAAGGAGCCCCACGAGCCCCGAGAGCCCGAGGCCUUCGGCCAGCUGGGGAAGCCGCCCCCGGGGCUGCCGGGGGCCGAGGGCGAGGCUGCGGCCCCCGAGACGCGGCUGCCCAGCGGCCCGGGGCCCGAGGUGCCCGGCCUGGCCGAGAAGAGCCCGUACCGCGACUCUGCCUAUUUCUCCGACUGCGACGCCGAGGCCGAGCGCGGCCACAAGGACGAGGGGGACAGCGAUGGCUCCCGCACCCCGGAGGCGGAGGAGGGUCCCCGCUCCCCUUUGCAGGACACGGGGCGAGGAGAGGACCCGCUGCACCCGCCGGGGGCACCCGGCAGCCCCCCGGCCGCGCCUGGCGUCGCGGUGGCGGUGCCCACGCCGGCGGCCGUGGCUUUGGAGGGGGACUGGGUGGCCGCAGGGGCCGGGAGCUCCCCGGAGCAGGUGCCUGGCACCGAGCAGAGCCCCGCUGGCACGGGGCUGGUGCCGGGCAGCCCCCCGCGCCCCGACACAGACACCUGUCCCCCGGGCUCCGUGACCCCCAAGACUUUCCUCUUGACCCCGGUGCCUGUGAGCCCUGGGGAGCCAUCAGCGGUUGGAGGGACCUGCGUGUCCGAGGGCGUCCCUGGACUUGGGGGGGCCACAGUGGGGGACAAACAGACUGUGACCCCCGCGCUGGGGCCUGGGGAGCGGGGGCUGCCCCUGGAGGGGCCCGGGGUGGGCGAUGCGCCGGGGGGACCCAGCACGCUGCUCCCCGGGGCAGAAUCACCGCCCGGUCUCUCCCCGGCCCCGGCUGCCCCCGAGCGCCGAGAGGAGCCAGAGGAGGAGGAGGAGGACACGGAAGACAGCGACGAGUCGGAUGAGGAGCUGCGCUGCUACAACAUCCAGGAGCAGAGCGAGGAGAGCGAGGAGGAGCCGGCGGCCGUGCCCAUCGUGGUGGCCGAGAGCCAGAGCGGCCGGAACCUGCGCAGCCUCCUCAAGAUGCCCAGCCUGCUGUCCGAGUCCUUCUGCGAGGACCUGGAGCGCAAGAAAAAGGCCGUCUCCUUCUACGACGAUGUGACCAUCUACCUCUUCGACCAGGAAAGCCCCACGCGGGAGCUGGCUGAGCAGAGCUUCCCGGAGCCCACCCUGCCUUCGGGGCAGCCCCCCUCGCCUUCGGGGCAGCCCCCUGCCAGUGGCAGCCCCCCCAGCCCCACGGACAGGCUCGGGGCCUCCGACGACUCUUCGGACGGCAACGCCUCGGAAGAGAGCGGUGGCUUCGAGUGGGACGACGACUUCCCGCUGAUGCCAGUGAAGCAGUCCCUGGUGGCCUCGCUGCCGGGGACGCCGGCGGAGCCCCCCGCGGCCGUGGUGCCGCCGCAGAAACAGGUGCUGCCCAUCCAGUUCUCCCGGUUCACGGUGUCACCUGCCCCGGUGUCCCGGUUCUCCAUCACCCACGUCUCCGACUCGGACAUGGACUCCAUAGGAGGCAGCAGCGAAGACGGUGACCGGGAGUGAGCCGGCCGGGACGCAGUCGGCAUUGCCCUGGCACCGGGGCGGCGCGGGGGCCGCCCGUGGGCUCCCAGACCCCGCUGGGCGGUUCGGUUUUUAGGCAGAUUUUGUCACAAGGAACUCGUUUGCUGCUUCGAGUGGGAGCGGGGCCGGCGCGGCCCCCGCGGGGCCUGGCGGUGGGUGACGGUGACGCCGAGCGCGCGCGCGGGCGGCUGUGAGCGUGCGUGUAAAAUAGACACUUAUAUAUAUAUAUAUAUACAUAUAUAUAUAUAAAUUAUAGCGUUCCGAGGGUAGUGCCCUGACCUUGCUAACAUUUGCCCAGUGUCCUCCCCAGUGAAGUUCCCCCUUGGCUUCUUGCCCACGUGUGCUCCCCGAGGCAGUUUGUCCCCCACACCCCUUCUCCCCCGGGCCGUCCCCUCCCUGUGCCCCGUGCUCAGUCUUGCACCUUGUGGCAGCUUGGCUGUCCCACGGCUGCC